GGCGGCAACUGGCAAGAUGUCCUCGGAACUCGUUGCAACCUACAGUGCUUUGGGCACUAAGGAUGGUGACCAGUACUAUAAAGGCCCAGAAUGUUUAGCUUGUGUAAAAGAUCUUAUUCGAGCCCUAAGAUAUGAUGAUGACCUUUGUGGAGUGCGUAGACACCUUGGGAAGGCUCGUAUACUGCAGAAGGAUCUUAUCCCAUUAUUGGUUCAUUUUAAUGAUGACAUACCUUUAAGAAAUGAUAUUAUAAGGCUACUAGUGAACUUUACUCAACCAGUCAUCUUAUCAUUCCCUGAAUCUCACACUCACAAGGAUUCGGCCACAACAAAAUGCAUGAUUGAAGUAUCUCAAUACUUACGACAGUAUAAAGAAGAAUUUACUGUUGAACAUGUCAUGAAUGUUUUAGGCAGUAUUUUGGCAGAGCUUUGUCAGAAGGAUUGGGAAGAUCGUGACGAUGAUGAUAUUAUUAUUAUUGAAAGAAUACUCUUGCUUUUGAGAAAUGUAUUACAUGUACCAUCUGACCCUGCUGAAGAAAAGAGGACAGAUGAUGAUGUCAAUGUCCAUGAUCAAAUAAUUUGGAAUCUUCAUAUUAAUGGAAUUGAUGAGUUAUUGUUGUUCCUUGGUAGUAAUCCUAAUGAGACUCAAUGGUGCAUGCAUGUAUUGGAAAUACUCUUCCUUUUACUAAGAGAACAAUCACCUUCUAACUUGGCCACAGCUGGCGGAGCUAGAUCAUCUACAGAAAGGCAGAAUGAUGAAAAUAAAAUUGACGAAUUGAUGGAACUUGAAAGAGUAAAGCAAAAAAGAUUACAACGAACAUUUGGUAGUAGGCAUUCAAAAUUUGGAGGUGUCUAUAUUGUUGACAACGAGGUCACUUCUACUGGAAGAAACCGAAUCUACCACAGAUCAUUACAAGGAUUUAAUGAUUAUUCAUUUGAUAUUGAAAAGAGACCAAGACGUACACCUAAACCCAAGAAACGCUUGAUCAUUGAUUUCCAAUCUAGACCCUCUACUUACAGCAUUAGAGUUGUACUACAGAAGUUCUCUGCUCAAGUGCUUGAUUAUUGCUUUAAUGUCCUCAUGAGAGUUGUCAAAGAUACUAUUAAGAGGCAGCACUCAAUGGAAAAUGAUGAAACUUAUUAUUUAUGGGCAAUGAGAUUCUUUAUGGAGUUCAGUCGCUUGCAUAACUUUCGUGUGGAUAUUGUGAGUGAAUCACUUCAAUUGCCAACUGUUCAUCAAGUGUUACAAUUAAUUGCUAGCUAUUAUGAGCAUAUGUGUAUGAACAAAAGAGAAAGACAUGCUGCAAUUGAAUGGGGACAGAGGUUGCAUUAUGCAGUUUCAGCUUACAAGGAACUGUUGCUACAUGUUCAGGAAAUGAUACAAUCCAAAGAUGAUACAGUUGUUCAGAGCUCAAAAGUCAUUUUGAGUAACUUACUCUAUCACCCAGAGUAUCGUGAUGUUUUUGUGAUGUUACUUCGAAAUUACAAUGAAGCUGUUGUGCAACUUAGUUUCCUGCAAGAUGUGAUAGAAAUGACUCAUGUCUAUUUGCGUCUGGUCAAGCUUUAUUCUAAGCAAAAUGGCCAACUUGUUAUUCAAAAGAAAAGGAAACGUACUGCAGCAAAAAAGAAAACUAACUCUCAGCAACUACCAACUGAAGACCAGUUGAUGGAGAUGUGGGAAAGUUUGGAAAGUGAAAUUCAACAUGUCAUAACUAAUACUGCCAGUGCUAGUGAGCUACCUUGUCCCUUUGAUGGAGCCAGUGAUAUCCCAAUUGAAGAGCAGAAGAUUGAAGUUAUGAAAAAUAUUCAUGAAGAUCUUAAGACUCAGAACAUUAGUGAAGCAGUACUUUUGAUGAAAGCUGCUCGUGAAGUAUGGCCUGAUGAUGUUUUUGGUUCAAACACGGUCUCGCCAUCAAGUGAAAUCUCUGUGCUGAGAGAAAUAUUUUUUAAUCCUUUAUCAGUAACUACUAGUCAUGAUUAUGAAGAGGAAGAAGAGGAGGAGGAGGAAGCUGUCCAAGAGAAUGUGACAAGUAUUGAACUUGAAAUGGAUUUGAGUAGAUUUACAGCAGCGUUUGCUAAUAAUAAGAUUGUUCAGGUCUAUAGUUUGGCUCUUGCUAACUACAAAAGCAACACUGAUGAGUUGAACCAUGCUGUGAUCAAGAUGUUGCAUACAAUAUCAAUUAAACAUGAAAUGAUGCCUAUGCUCUUCCAAAUGUCCCUCUUUAGAAUCUUCUCUGAUAUUUUGGAUGAACCUCCUCUCCCAAGAUACAGAGAGUUACAGAAAUUUAGUUCACGUGUUGUUGCAGAUUUUUUGAUUCUGUCUCAGCAAAAUAAGAUGAUGUUUGCAGAGCUAUUGAUUUGGAAAACUAGUGGGGAGUGUUAUGAGCUUAAAGAAGGUUAUGGUGCUAUUCAGCGCAAAAAACAGCUGAAAGAAAACAGAAAUGUUUGGACUAGAGAACAAGAGGAAGAAUUAUCUUCUUUAUAUGAACAAUUCAAGAAUGAAACUGACAUAGUGGGCUGCAUCUUAGAUGCCUUGCCAAGUGAGCAGUGUAGGACAAGAGGAAUUAUUGUGUCAAAACUAGUUUCAAAAGGGUUAGUUAGCAGCAGAAAAGACUUACACAAGAAGACUAAAACUAACAAAGAACCAUGGUCAGAGGAAGAACUCUUCACACUAAAAUCACUUUGGCAGCCAUCUGAAAAUAUUAAUGCAUCCAUAGAACAACUUUUGUGCUCAUUUCCAGGACGAGGUGUAAGAGACAUUAAGAAACAAUUACAGAACCUUGGUUUGAUGCAACCUUCAUCUGGAAAAAGGAAGCACCAAGGAGAUGAGGUUCUUUCAGUAGAGACAGAACCAAGAGAAACUGUCAAAAAGAAAGGAAAAAAAGGAAAUGUUGAUAAAUUAGUUCAAGCAAUUCAUACUAAUGGUUAUUCUAAUCAACUGGCUUGGCUUAGUACUUACAUUAAUGAUGAAGCAAAAGACAGAGAAUUGGACUCUGAAUGGGAAGAACUGUGUGUAGUACCUGUAGAACAAUCAACUGCUGAGGCAUUGGAAACUGAAGUAUUCCAUAAUUUAAUGAUAUCCAUUGGUCUAAUGCCCCCCAGUGAGCAGGAAAUGUACUGGAGGAUUCCAUCGUCAAUGAGUCCACACAAUCUACAAACAAUUACUGAAUCCUUAAAUGUACCACAAAGAGACACUGAUAGUCAAAUUACUUCUGUACCAGAAGAUGAAGAAACACAAGACAUACAAAACAUGAGUACAAAUUCAAAUGCUAUGACUAAUGAAGCCGUAUCUUGGUCAGAUGAUGAAGAUGACAAUCCACACCUUGAACCAGCUAAUGAUAGAGAUCCUUCACUGAGUCCAUCAGAAGCGCUAGAACUAUUACGAAAGGAAAGAGAAGCUAAACAACCACCAUCAAAGAGGAUUAGAGUCAGAACACAAUUUGAUUCAGAUGACGAUGAUGGUGGUGGUGGUGAUAAUGAAGUGAGCAGUAGUAGAUCUAUUUCUAAAGAAAGAGAUGAGCCACGUCGUCUUAAAAGGAAUGCUCUAUACGACAGUGAUGAUGAUGAUGACUGACUUUUUAUUAAUACUUGAAAAAUUUUAAAGACUAAUAAUGUAUGUAGUAUGUACAUCACCAACUUUACAAUAAAAUGAUAAAUGCUAGCAAUAUGAUUUAAAAGGUUAUUAGUAUUUUAACAAACUUUA